UGUAAAGAUGAGAUCACAGCACCACCCUAGAGGCCAGGCAGUGGACUAAAUAGUUAUGGAGCUAAAGGAUAGAAAAAAAAGAGAAGCUGAUAUAGAAGUAUUACCAAGUGUUUUAGCGAUCAAGCAAGAACUACAUGUGGACAACCAGCCAUAUACUGUCAAUAUAAUUUCAUCUGAAUACAUAAAACAAGAGGAGUUUACAGAAAUUGAUGACACAAAAGCAAAUGUAUUGUCUACAUGUGAAAACAAAAAUCAUAAUUUAUUAUCAGAAUUUACAACACAUGUAGACAACAAACCAGAUAGACUUGAUUUAUUUUCAGUUUUUGAAGAUAUAAAACCUGCUGCUCUUACUGACAAUAUUUCUAAUAUAAAGAUAGAGAUAUCAACUGAUUUACCAGAGCUUAAUAAUAUUCAGAUAAACAACAAUGAAAAUCCAACAUCAAAUCAGGUUGAAUUAUUAAAGCAGUGUAAGAAGAAAAACUUAAAAUCUUCAAUGUUUAAAACUCUUCUAGUAAAAUGUAAAGAAUCACACACAAGUGUGAGGUCAUAUGAGUGUAAUUUGUGUCAUAAAAAGUUUGCUACAAGAAGUAAACGAAAUCAACAUAAAUCUAUUCAUUCAGGAGAGAGGCUAUGUGGGUGUUACCUGUGUGAUCAAAGGUUUCCCUUAAAUAGUAAACUCAACCAACAUGGACAAUUUCACAAAAUAGUGAGAGCAAAAAAGUGUGAUGCGAACAAUAAAAUGUUAGGUUCAAAGAGGAAUCUAAAUCAACAUAAAGCAAUUCAUUCAGGACAGAGGCUACAUGAGUGUGAUAUUUGUCAUAUAAAGUUUACUAGAAGAAGUAACCUAAAUAAACAUAAAGCUACUCACUCAGCAGAUAAGUCACAUGACUUUAAUAUGUGUGAUAAAAAGUUUGCUACUAGGACAUAUCUAAAACAACAUAAUAAAGCAAUUCAUUUAGGAGAAAGGUUACAAGAAUGUGGAGUCUGUCAUAAAAAAUUUACUACAAGAGGUAAUCUAAAUCAACAUAUAGCUAUUCAUUCAGCGGAAAAGUCACACAAGUGUGAUGUAUGUGAUAAAAAAUUUGCUUCAAAGAGGUAUCUAAAUCAACAUAAAGCAAUUCAUUCAGGAGAGGGGCUACAUGAAUGUGAUGUAUGUCAUAAAAAAUUUAUUUACAGGACCAACCUUAUUAAACAUAAAGUAAUUCAUUCACCAGAAAAGUCACAUGAGUGUGAUGUAUGUCAUAAACUAUUUACUUCAAAGAGUAAUCUAAAUCAACAUAAAGCAAUUCAUUCAGGACAAAAGCUACAUGAAUGUGAUGCAUGUCGUAAAAGGUUUUCUAGAAAGUCCUCCCUAAACCAACACGGAGCAAUUCAUUCAGCCGAAAAGUCUCAUGAGUGUGAUGUGUGUCAUAAAAAGUUUUCUAGAAAGUCCUCACUAAAGCUACAUAAAUUACUUCAUUCCACUGAAAAGUUUACUACCAGUUCUACUCUAAUUAAACAUAAAAUAAUUCAUUCAGCAGAAAAGUCACACGAGUGUGAUGUGUGCCAUAAAACAUUUACUACCAAGGGUAACCGAAAUAUACAUAAAACAGUUCAUUUAGAAGAAAAGCUUCAUGAAUGUGAUGUGUGUCAUAAAAGGUUUUCUAGAAAGUCUUACCUCAAGCAACACAGAGCAAUUCAUUCAGCUGAAAGGUCUCAUGAGUGUGAUGUAUGUCAUAAAAAAUUUGCAAUAAGGACUAACCUAAAUCACCAUAAAGCUAUUCAUUCAGGAGAGGGGCUACAUGAAUGUGAUGUGUGUUGUAAAAAGUUUUCUAGAAAGUCCUACCUAAGGCUACAUAAAUUAAUUCAUUCCAAUGAAAAGAUACAAGAGCGUGAUGUACAUCAUAAAAAAUUUGUUUCAAAGAGUCAUGUAAAUCAUCAUAAAGCUAUUCAUUCAGGAGAGAGUGUACAUGAAUGUGAUAUGUGCCAUAAAAAGUUAAAUACCAGUUCUACUCUAAUUCAACAUAAAGCAAUUCAUUCAGCAGAAAAGUUAUAUGAGUGUGAUGUCUGUCAUACAAAGUUUACCACCAAGGGUAACCGAAAUCUACAUAAAACAGUUCAUUCAGAUGAAAAGCUACAUGAAUGUGAUGUGUGUCAUAAAAGGUUUUCUAGAAAGUCUUACCUAAUGGAACACAGAGCAAUUCAUUCAGCAGAAAAGAAACAUGAGUGUGAUGUAUGUCAUAAAAAAUUUGCAACAAGGACUAACCUAAAUCACCAUGAAGCUAUUCAUUCAAUAGAGAGUUUACAUGAAUGUGAUGUUUGUCAUAAAAAGUUUUCUAGAAAGUCCUACCUAAGGCUACAUAAAUUAAUUCAUUCCACUGAAAAUUUACCAGACACUAAAGGUCACAUAAGUGUUAUGUGUGUCAUAGAAAGUUUGCUACAAGGAUUUACCAAAAAUCAACAUGAAGCUAUUAUGGAAUAG